UCCCGAGGUGCUACCGGUGCCUCGGAUACGGACAUAGACGAACGGACUGCACAGGACCUGACAGAGGACAGUGCUGUUGGAGGUGCGGGGGGACCGGCCAUGUCGGGAGAGCCUGCCCCACCAAACAGCCGACGUGCUUCCUAUGUUCCGAGGCGCGUGCAACGGAGAGGGCGCACGUCCCGGGAACGGGAGCGUGCGCGGCCUACCGGGCAGCGCUGGAGGAGUGCCGGAAGCAGACACGACAAUGACAGGAAUCUUACAAGGAAACCUGCGUAGGUGCGAGGCAGCCCAGCUGCUUAUAUCACAGACAGCGAAGGAACGAAACGUAGACAUACUGAUACUGAGCGAGCAACUGUGGGACUUACGAGAACAGGACGGCUGGUUCUCGAAUACCCUCGGUACGUCGGCCAUAUGGGUCAAAGGCAAACCGGCUAGGAGAAUACAAGCGUCUGGCAGGGGGGAAGAUUACGCGUGGGUGAGGGUAGAUUCCGUCACCUACGUUAGCGUAUAUUUGACCCCAAACUGCACGAUGGCAGUGUACGAGGAAAAAGUCGGUAAGCUGGAAGACGCCCUCACAGGUCUCCCGGGUGACUUUGUCGUCGCGGGAGACAUGAACGCGAGAGCGGUCGAGUGGGGUAUGACAACGACGGACAAACGAGGAAGACUGCUUCUGGAAAUGGCCGCAAGGCUUGAUCUGGUAGUGGUCAACCAAGGGACGACAACGACCUAUAGACGACCGGGCUUCGGAUACUCAAUACCCGAUGUGACGAUGACGUCAGACAGGAUCUCGUCGCGGAUAAGAGGAUGGCGGGUGACCGAGGACUAUACAGCCAGCGAUCAUCAGCACAUCGUCUUUGAGAGAGCUGUUUGACAAACUGCUAAGGGAGGCACCGUUACCCGCCGAGUCUGUCCCGGCAGAGCUUGGUCUGCGGGAGCGUGCCGAAUGGAUAACGGACAAGACAACGGAACUGAUAACGGAACUGUGCGACGCCACGAUGACUCGACGCAAGGGCCGAACACACAAACGAGCAAUGUACUGGUGGACGGA